GUUGUGUCGUUCCCUCGUUGCUACAAUCGAACCCCCUUCCUCUCUCUAACCACCACUCUCCUACCACUCGUACACGAGCAUGUGUGUCCGUGUGUGCAGAAAACACGCAUGUGUGACCCGCUCCGAAGUUCGAAAACAGCGAAGUGCGCUCUCGGUGCUCACAAAUACAUGGACGCAUUUUCGCGUGGUAUGUGUGCCGCCAACUUUCAAUUGGCUCGGACCCACUUGCCCCCCCUACGGUAUGCCCAUGACAUUUGCAUGAAUCUGCAUUUUUUUCUUCCCGUGAUUAUUAACACUCCUUUGAUUAUUAACACUUCUUUGGGCGGGCACGACCGUCUAAUUCGGAAUAUUGAACAACAAACCACAUGGAUCCGCAUAUUGCACAAUUGUACUCCCAUCGGCGGUUGUUGUACCUCGGCUUCAGCAAAGAAAUCUUCUAUCGGCGGUUGUUGUACCUCGUCUUCGGCAAAAAAAACUUCUUCCAUCGGCGGUUGUUGUGCCUCGGCUUCGGCAAAAAAAACUUCUAUCGGCGGUUGUUGUACCUCGGCUUCGGCAAAGAAAUCCUCCAUCGGCGGAUGUUGUCCUUUGACGCACUGUGCGUUCUGCCCAGUAGGAAUAAUGGCGAAAUGAACCACUUCAUUUCCUUGUUGUCCCUGGAUCAACUAAAAAUGAAAAUAAAUGAUAACUUUCGCAACUAA